CUCACACAAAGAAGGGCUCUGCCUUGAAAUUGUUACUGAACUUUACAGUGGGAGGUAAAAGCCAGGAGAGUGUAUAGGGGCAUGUUUAUAAGCAGGUUAGGAACAAAGCAUCAGAGAUUUUCACAGGUAUUAAAUUAAGGUUUUACAGAUUAAUUAAAAUGAUGGAAGUAGGCAAGCAUGAGAAAUAUGUGCUCUUAAAUGAGGACUCUGACAUGGAAGAAUUUGAUAAAAGUAAAGUGGCACUGAUGCGCCAUCCCCAAGAUGGGAAAACAAGCUCAAAAAGCAGUAAGGAGUUUCCAGCCCAUUUUCACCCACAGAGACUCUGUCAUGUUUUCUUUAUCCUGCUGCUGCUCACUUCCCAGGUAUUUCUGAGUCUCUUUGUUCUGAAAUUGCAUCAGGAGUUGGAGACAGUAAAGCAGAAGCAAGUUACAACACAGAAGGAUGCUGAGAAGAAAGAUAUGGAAACAAACAGCAAAGGAGAAUCCAAACAAAAGGACUUGAGUCAGAAGGUUGAUGAAUUGAAACCAUCACCCUCUACUCCCAAAGCCAAAGACCCCAGAAGUGAUGUUUCCAUUGAGGAGAUGGUCUCCCUGAGACAAAGAGUUGAUGAAUUAGAAAUGGGCAUGAAAUCCAUUGAGAUGAUUAAUUCCCAAAAAACUGAAGAAACGAAAUUAAUGCAGGUUCAGCACCACAGUGAAAAUAGCUCCGAGGAAAAAAUUCUGGGAACAUCUUAUCUACUUGAGUGUGUUCAUAAAUUGAAUUUGUCCACAGCAAUGGAGUUCCAUGAAAUAAAAGGCAGAAUAAUGCAGCUCCAAAACCACAUGCUUAAUUUUACUGGCCAGUUUCUCAAUAUGGAGGAAAGAGACGAUUCGUUGAUGCAUUCUCUAAACUCACAGAAACUUUUUGAGUCUAAGAUAAAUGCCAUGGAAAAACAAUUUAACAAUGCCAGUGAGGCUUUGAGCAACCUUCAAAACCGCCUUGAGGAGGGAUUGGAUUCAGUGUUCCUUCAGAUCUCUCAGCUUAAAGAUGAUUUCUAUUUUAUUGAGAACUUAUUGAACCACACAGAUAUGGGAAGCUCAAAGUCUUUUGUGUCCACAGCUGAACUCUCAAAGGAAACAGGAGAUAUACCUUCAACUCUGUCUCCAUCUUCCCCAAAUGAUGGAUUGGCUAUUUUGCUCCCUGUAGCCUUCGUGAAAGACCCAACACACCAGAUUCUUGUGGAUCAUCCAACACAAGCCAUGGAGCCAGAGACAGUAGAAGAGAAGCACAAAAUAAACAUCCCUUUCAUAAAGAAACUUAAAGAUCUCCAAGUCUUUUUUUAUGGUGCCGACAAAAAUGCAAAUGGAUUCCUGACAUUCAGUGAGAUAGAAAAGGUCCUGGGAGAAGAUGCACCUCGGAAAGAGGAAUUGGAAGAAUUUGAUCAUGAUAACAAUAAGAUGUACUCCUACCUUGAAUUGAGAAAAGCUCUUGAGCUGACAGAAUAACUGAGAAGACUGAGAUAUGCAUGCAAUGUUCUGGAUUUUUAUUUUAUUUUACUGGAAAAAACCACUUACAGGUUUAUUGAUGAUUAAUCAUUCUUUGGGAACACCAAAAUAUCAAAUACAUAAGGAUAAAAUGCCCAUUCUUCCAGUAUGCACACCAUAUUUACCAUAGUAACCAUAUAUUGCAGAAUAGCUAGAGAAGAAGAUUUCUUAAAAUGUUUAACUUUGUAGGCACACAGACAAAAAAGGAAGACAAAAGAAAUAUUACUAAUAAAAAAUGUUUUAAACCAUGGAUUUAGUAUUAAAAAGUUAUAUAACUUGAGCAUGUCUUAAGUUGUAUUUAUUUCUGUAUAAUAAAUAAGUCCA